UCUCCAGGCGAACAACUACUACUCCUUAAACGCGCUCUCUUCCCCGUUCCCUUUUGUAUUAUAUAUAUCCCUUCUAAAACCUCAAAAUCCCAUCUAUUUAGAUUAUUAUCAUCCACCACGAAUAACCUCAAAAAUUUUAAGUAUAAGAAUAAGGAGAAAUUAAGAAUCGCACCUUCGAUCGAUCCCGUCCAUGGCGGAUCGCGUCCACCCCGACGACCACCUCAACAGCUUCCCCGAGAAGCCGAAGCCGGAGCCGGAGCGGGAGCCGGAGCCGGAGACGGAGACGGAGACGGAUCGGGCCGAGUACCUCCCAAGCUUCGCGGAGAAGCCGAAGCCCCCGCCGGGGACGUACCUCAUCCAGAUCCCCAAGGACCAGGUCUUCCGCGUCCCCCCGCCGGAGAACGCCUCCAAGCUCGCCGCCUACACCCGNCUCGCCGCCGCCGCUGCCGCCCUCUACUUCGCCCUCCGCCCCAAGCUCCCCUCCUUCUCCCUCGCCUCCCUCGCCAUCAACGGCCUCGCCCCCUCCUCCUCCUCCUCCUCCUCCCCGAUCUCCCCCGAUCUCGCCGCCGCCAUUCGCGCCCGGAACCCUAACUCGAAGAUCGGGCUCCGCUACCUCCCCGGGGGCUCCGUCGCCGCCUCCUACGGCGCCGUCGCCCUCGCCAACGGCGCCUGGCCCGCGUUCUUCCAGGGCCGCGACAACGUGACGGAGUUCGUGACGCCGUUGGCGGGAUCCGGGAUCCGCCUCUCGCCCUCGACGCGCGCGUCGAUGGUGACGGCGCAGCGUAACGGCGCGGUGCCGCUGACGGUCGACGCGCGGCUGCCCGUCCGGGCCAAGGUCGGCGCCGUUACGACGUGGACGUGGACCGUUAAGGUGCGGUGCGACGUGACGGUCGACGAGUUAACGGCGAACGCGACGAUCAUUUCCCAGGCGUGCCACGUUAAACUGCGGCUUUGACGGCCGUUUUUCUUCUAUUGCGGACUCCGUUGCCUCGCCGUUAACGGGCGCUAAUUAAUAUUAUUAUUAUCAUUGUUAUUAUGUACAUCAUCAUCAUUUUUGGGCGGUUCUAUCGAAUCUAUUGGACAAAUUAUAAUAGUCGUUGAGCAUGUACAUUUAAAAAAAUAAAAAAAAACAAUGAUUAUACAAUUAUUUGCA